AUGAUGUUUCUUCUAUUCAUUUUCUUAUCAAUUCUCUCAUUUACUAGUAGUUCACAUUCAUCUUAUUAUACCACAUCACAAAAUGGGAUCCGUUUAAUGACGUUCAAUAUCUGGCAAUCUGGAGCAAAUGUGGAAAACGGACAGCAAAAAAUUGCAAAACAUAUUCUGAUGGUUAAUCCAGAUGUAGUUGCUUUGCAGGAAGUCUAUGCGAACGUUACUCGAAACCUGACUCUUAUGCUCGGUCAUCCAUGGGUUGCCGUAGAUCGGAAUCAUGAGUAUCCAGACACCGCAAUUCUCACCCGCCACGUAGUCGUCCCGAAUACAAAUCUCUCAACUUCUGGAGGAGUUGGAGCAAAGAUAAUGCUCCGCACAGGAUAUAUGAUUCAUUUUUGGUCCCUUCAUCUAGAUUAUACAUCUUAUGGACCAUACGCUGCCAACAAUAAAUUGGUUAAUAAGUUGGAUCAGAUAAUGGCUGGAGAGAAUGUUGGUCGUGGACCACAAAUCUAUGAAGUUUUGGAUCUUCCGAUGACGAAAAAGUGGAUUGAAAAAUCAGAUGAAAUUCCAAUUUUCAUAGCAGGAGACUUCAACGGGCCUUCUCAUUUGGAUUGGACAGAACAAACAAAGAAAAUUCAUGGCGAUUGGGUAGUCAGAUGGCCAGCAACCAAAGAAUUGGAAGAGAGAAAAUUCACAGAUACUUUUAGAGAGAUUUAUCCGAAUGUUGUAACAAAUCCAGGAAUCACAUGGUCUACUGUAAACAAGUUCAAUCCAGAGUGGAACUAUACGAUUCCAGAACCACAGGAUCGCAUUGAUUUCUUGUUUUAUAGAGGUCCCGUUGUCCCAUAUCAAAUUCUCACCUACAGUGGGUGCGAGAAGCCGCAGCGUAUCCCGUUCCACGCCCACAAUGACUAUCCAUCCGAUCAUUUUUCCGUUUUUGCCGACUAUACUUUCAUAUGA